GGGGCUGCGCUUUGCUGCCUAUAUAUAUAAAUAUGUAAUAAACAAAGAGAAGAGUCACUCAACGUAUCAGACUUUGAUCCAAAGUCAUCUCUGAGCUGCGAGUGAAGAUGAGUUCACACCCUGCUGUCCGGCGUAUGUCGGAAUGCUUCAUUAAGCCACCCCUUCCGCUCAAUGGCUCUAACCCCAUCUGCCAUCUCUCCCCCUGGGAUAUUCUCAUGUUGUCUGCUCAUUACAUUCAGAAAGGCCUCCUCUUCCUCAAGCCUUCUCCUCUCAAUUCUCCCUUCUCCAUCGAUUCUCUUCUCCACCGCCUUAAACACUCCCUUUCUCUCACCCUCCUCCAUUUUUAUCCCCUCACCGGCCGCCUAGUCACCACUCGUCUCCCUUCUUACUCCAUCUUUGUCGACUGCGACAACAGUGACGGGGCUAGGUUCAUCUAUGCCGCUUUAGACAUGACCGUCUCCGACAUCCUCUCCCCCACCGAUGUCCCCUCCGUUGUCCAGUCGUUUUUUGACCAUGACAGGGCGGUCAACCACGACGGCCACGCCUUGCCUUUGUUGUCGGUUCAGGUCACUGAAUUGACAGACGGCGUUUUCAUUGGCUGUUCCAUGAACCACUGCCUCGCCGACGGCACUUCCUAUUGGAGAUUCUUCAAUAUGUGGUCUGAAAUCUUUCGAGCACAAGACGACAACUAUGACAGCGACGAUGUCUGUAUUCCUAUCUCACACCUGCCGAUUCACAAUCGCUGGUUCCCAGAGGGUUGUGUUCCCCCAAUCAUUCUUCCCUUCAAACAUCAUGACGAGUUCAUAAGCAGAUUCGAAGCACCCCGUCUUAGAGAGAGAAUAUUCCAUUUCACAGCCGAGUCUAUUGCGAAGGUGAAAGCGAAGGCCAACCAAGAUUCCAACACCACCGAUAUAUCGUCCUUCCAAUCAUUAUCGGCACUCGUAUGGAGGUGCAUAACACGCGCGCGGAGUCCCCCCCGUGAUCAGAAAACAAUCUGCAGGUUGGCGGCAAAUAACAGAUCAAGAAUGGAACCGCCUUUGCCGGAAGAAUACUUCGGGAACUCUAUCCACGCGGUGGCUGCGGAAACGACGUCGGGGGAGUUGCUCGAGCACGACCUAGGGUGGGCGGCGUGGAAGAUACACGUGGCUGUGGCGAACCACGACGACAAAGCAGUGCGUGAGCUUGUGAAGAAGUGGUUGGAGGGCCCGAUGGUGUUUCAACCGGCUCGGUUCUUUGACCCGUACAGCGUGAUAAUGGGGAGCUCACCCAGAUUCGACAUGUAUGGUAACGAAUUUGGAAUGGGGAAAGCGGUGUGUGUUCGAAGUGGGUACGCCAACAAGUUUGAUGGGAAAGUGACGUCGUAUCCGGGUCGUGAAGGAGAGGGAAGCAUAGAUUUGGAGAUGUGUCUUACGCCGGCGUUGAUGACGGCGCUGGAAUCCGAUGACGAGUUUAUGAACUCUGUCUCUCUGCAAACUGUUUCGGCAUUUUGAUCUGCUUGAUGUUAAAAGACAAUGGCAUUCAGCAAUUAGUAGCGUGCAUGGGUCAUACCAGGCCGAGUCAUCGGGUUGGAUAAGUUAGCCUCGUCGUUUGAUCUGAUCUAGCGCCAACUUGAAAUCAGGCUGAAUCAGACUUGGUUCAGCUGACUGCCUCAGUUGGUUCAGGAGUC